AUGCAGGAAAAAGCUCGUAAACUGGCUGAGGCAUUUCAACAAAACAACGAUGAGAAUUCGCAACCAAAUUCUCAAGAGUCCAGUGCAAAAGACACGACGUCCAAUGGCUCCUCCGCUUCCUCCUCGACGGGCGAACAAAGUAGAACUUCGGUUGAUUAUGUCAAAAGCUGUAAAGACUACUACGAAAUUUUGGGUGUUCCAAAAACGGCCACUGAGGCGGAGAUAAAGAAGCAGUACCGAAAACUUGCGCUACAGUUUCACCCGGACAAAAACAAAGCUCACGGAGCAGCCGAAGCUUUCAAAGCAAUCGGUAAUGCCUUUGCCGUGCUCAGUGAUCCCGAUAAGAGACGUAAAUACGAUCAAAUCGGCCACCAAGACGGCUACGAAAACAUUCGGCGAAGACACUCAAACAACAGUGGAUUCGACUACACUCGUGGUUUCGACGAGGAGUUCAACGCCGAGGAGAUCUUCAACAUGUUUUUCGGCGGCGGCUUUCCUUCUCGCAAUGUAAAAUAUCCCUACCCGAGAGUUACUCAACACUUGAAAGUGCCCUACUAUGUGAAGGAGAACUUUGAGCGCGACUACAAAGGCAGCAUCAAACAGGUGGAAUCUCACGUGGAGGAGAGCUUCAUCUCCAACCUGCAGACGGCUUGCUUCAAAGAGAGAAACUACAAGGAAAAUCUGCGAUACCGAGCCCGAUUUCUGAACGACGCCACGCUGGAGGAAAAGGCUCGCAAGUUCAGCACUCCAUCCUGUGAAAAGCUUACCGAACUAGAGGCGUCCUACUAUUAA